AUGGCAGAAAGACCUCUGACAGACUGGGAUAGUGGUCUCUGUGAGUGCUUUGAGGAUCCAAACACCUGUUGCUAUGGGUUUUGGUGCGGGCCCUGCUUGGCYGGCACAGUUUCGAGACGAUUUGGAGAAAACCACUGUCUGCCAUUAUGUGAUAUUUGUGGUAUUUUUCUAUCUACUUACUUUUGCAGCCCCAUGUUUGUUCCUCCUGCAGCCUUGUCUCUAAGAGUCGCCAUGAGAACYAAGUAUGGCAUCAAGGGCUCCAUGUGUAAGGACAUUGCCAUCUCCUAUUGCUGUGGGAUUUGCUCCUGGUGUCAGAUGCAUCGGGAGUUAAAACAUUGGAAGAAAAACCCGGUCGUCAUCAACAUGUUGUCUCAGUCUGUUGUCAACAUGCAGCCUGCUGCUGUGAUGAUGACGAUGCCUGUGGACCCUCUUCCAGUUGGUGCUGUGGGGCCGUCGGGCCCUGGUUUGCCGGGGCAGACGGGGGCUAUCGAGCAUUCACACUUAUCUUCAAACGUUGAGUAACUUGGUUUGUUGUAGUUGAGCAUAGUUCUGAACACAUGCACUAUUUUAAAGCAACAUAUUGCAAAAGUUAAUAAUUGUUGUGGUUUGAUAAACAGCUGAAACAAUUUCAAUCUGACUUUUAAAAAUCGGGUGGCAAGGAUUGUGGGCAGUACGCAUUCCAAUGUUAAAUUUUGUUUUCAUUACGUAAAUUUGAGGUGAUUCCUUUUUAUCUUGAAACUGGUAAAAUAAGUUAAAACUUGAUUUGUAUUUUAACUGUUUAUUUUAUGUGUGAUGUAUGUAAGUUGUUGCUUGAUGAUACACAUUUCAUUUGGUCAAUAAACACAAAUCAGAAACYGUUUUUAA